UUUUUGCCGUUCUUGGCCACGCCCCCUCAAAAAACUCCCCGCAGGCACUCGUAGGGAUCUCGCCAAAUUUUGGCGCCAAUUUUGGCGUAGAUCACGAUACGGAAAUCAUCCCCAUAGCUUUUCUACCUGUGAUUUCUGUAAAUUAUUAAAAAAUAAAAUCAACUUGAAAAGGUUGGAAAUCGGUUGCUAAUAUAAUCAGAAGAACACAUAUUUCCGAUUUUUGUGAAACAAACAAAAAAGAAAAGAAAAAAAGACUUGACUAAAGUGAAACUUUUACAAUUUAAAUAUAUAUAUGUUGCUUUUUUCAUUAAAAUUCAAAAUGUGUACACUUCUGCAAAAUAGUUGAAUAAAAGUCCCUAAUGUUACCUUUGAAAGUGAACAUCGUAUUAACAACGUAAAGAAGUUUGAAAAAUCCAAUCUUUUUCGCAUUAAUGUUGGACGAUGGCUUAUGAAAGAGAUGAUUUUAAGGAUGAUUGUUCAGAAUCAGAAAGCUCCGAAUCCUCAUAUUCCCAAAGUGAGGAAGAUAUUCCAUGGCUUAAGAAAGUCGGUCCCAAAGGAGAGCUGUUUUAUAUUCAACAGAAUUUUUCGCAGUCCCUGGAAAAAAACUUCCUCACCAUCAUCCCUGAUGAUCAACCCCAUACAUCAUCCAAUGCCGCUAAAAAGUUUGCGAAUUGGCUGAAGAAAAAGAAGCAUAAAGUCCGUCGACCGUUUCAUUUAUUUAAGUCUAUCAAAUCGAAUGAGGAAAGUAUGCCUUUUAAUCUUCUGUCUUCUAAAGAAGUGUUUAUUGCUCUGAAUCCCUCACGUCCAUCCUUAGGUCGAAAAACAUCCCUAUCUAAAGAACUGCUGGGCAUCGAACUCGGACCCUUCGAGGAAUGCAAUCAUUUAUACUCGAUGGACAAAAUUAAAAUUUUAAAGUGUUGUGACAUUCCUGAUCUGAGACCUGGAGAUUGGCUUCAUUCCAUCAAUGACGUUAAAGUUUAUCUUAGUAACAUUGAUGAUGUUUUACUUCAAUUAGAUUUCCCAUCUAAUAUUAAAUUGACUGUUUUAUCGUCAUACAAUGAAUUGUCAAGUUUCAAAUCAAUUUACUCAAUGCAUAAUCAUAUAUGCGAAGAACUUUUAGGAAGUUGUGAUGUUUCACAAGAAGUAAAAUCUCACUCUAAUUACGGUGUCUUUUUUCUCAAAUGUCUCGAUGCACACGAAAACGAAGCGGCUCGAAACGAGGUGGUUUACGAGCAUCCAAAGGAAAACACUCAUUUAUUUAAUCUUAAGGGAACGUUUAUUACACUGAGCCAUAUUAUAAGUGACGUCGCAUCGCCUCAGAUAUUGAGUUGUAGCAUAGCCGUGAAACAGGAAAUGGUGCAUGUCGGUUUUUUCAAAGAGACAAAUUAUAUCUUUUUGCUAGCUAUUCCUGCAGCUUGUGCCUCGGAAAAAGACGUUCAAUAUUUUGUGAAAAAUGUGGUCAAGUACUUGAAAUUUAGAUAUCGAUAUCUCAAGUGUGCUUUUCUGUUGGAAGAUUCCGACAUGGACAAGUUUUUUGCAAUGUUUUUUAAGUAUUUUUUGUCAGAACAGUCUGCUUCACUUUCUUAUUUGAACGCAAUUUUGCCGAGCGCUCACUGGAUUCCCCUGUCGGCGAAGCUGAAAACCGAAAUAGACGACAUUUUGAACGAAUUGGAAUCAUCGGACUACGACUGUUUUUCCGACGGAUUUUUCGAGAACCAAAGAUUUUACAAUAUACUCGGUUCCUGUCUUUUCUACAAAGGAUAUUUGCUGUGCAGUCAUUUAAUGAAGAGUGAUUUUUUGGACGUCCAUUUAUUUCUGAACUAUAAUCACCUGUUUUUAUUGACUAAAGUAGAAGCUGUGUCAGAAAUGGUUAUAUGGAAUGAGGUGUAUCCCAAUCGUUUCACUGAAGAGGAUAACGAAUGCAGGUACUUUUUACUCGCCGUUGCGAUGGGAAAUUGUAUUCUGUCCGUUUUGCUGGAAUCGAACAGCUGCACGUUGGAACCGGAAGCUCACCCCCCACCGGAACCCUUCUACAUUGAAGAAGUCCAGAAUACGCUCAUCAUACUUCACAAUUAUGGUAUCGUAUCUGCUGUUGAAAAAUCGCUUCACUUUUGUCUUCCACCGAUUACAUCUGUAGAGGGGGUACUUAAAGGAACUUCUUCACUCAAUUCCUCCGUCAAUGUGCCAUCCUCUAAAAGCAUGCAAUGCUCGUCCAACGCUAGUUCCCUUUCCUGCGACUUAGCCGACGUCGAAUCCACUUAUUCGGAUACGUCUAAUGAAAAUUUACUGUUCCCCGGUUCCAAAUCUUUCAAUACCUCGACAGGAUCCACAUCUGGAUCUCAAGCGAGCAGCGAGUAUUCAUCUCAACCCAAACUGAAUAGUUUCCAUGACGAUCCAUUAAGCGAUGCCUUGUGCCAUUUCAAUGCUGGAAAUGAUAAUUCCAUGUUUCACUAUCUGCACAUGGAUCCGGUUGAAGGUAUUUUCCUGGCGCCACCGCUGGAAGAAUAUAGUUUUUAUGAUGAUUGUGGCGCCACGAAUGAUAUCUUGUCUAAUUUCCACCGAUGCUGCAUGCAGAUGCGCUGCGUUUUCUCAAGAUCUUUGAGAAACGAGGAGAUACGUAACUCGGGUGUCAUUACCAAAUUUGGAAUCAAUAGUUUUUUGUGCAAUGCUUACGAACAGGGAAUCCUUUUCAGUUAUUCCGGUAAAGAUAAAAAUAAGCAGAAUAACAUGUUGAAUUUUUGGAUUAUAGGGCGACUGUUUUUCAACCCUGAGCCUCGUGAAGUUUAUGUGUGCUAUCAUGAUUCUGUCCACCAGGAUAUUGUAGAACUUGCUUUUAAGUUAGGAUUUGGUUUAUCUUUGUAAUUAUAAGCAGGAUUUGUCUCCAAGGUUGCAAAAUACAUAAAAAAUUGUUUAUUUAAUAUUUUGUGAUGUAUGCAGGGUAUCUGCACACCCGGAAAGUCAUGGAUUUCGGUAUUGAACAAAAUUUGUCAUAAAAUGUCCUGAUUUUAACUAUUUUUUAAAAAAAAUCAUGGAUUUAGGUCGCCAAUUCAAUUUUUAAAAUGGAGUUUACCCUCCUCCCCCCAAUUUCAUAGUGUUCCGAAUAUCUGAAUUUGUAACAAAAACCCCAUGCACAGUCAUAAAAUGUUUUUUUGUGCUCUUUAAAAAUUUUGGCGUUCUUUCAAAAAAGGAAAGAAAAAACAUUUCUUGUGUGAAUUAUCUUU